AUGGCAAACCAAAACUCCAACCAAAACCAGAACCAAUACCAAUAUCGGAGUAACUUUAAUCCCACUCAAAACGCCCAACCUCUACCUCAAGAUCAACCGGGUGGUAACGACAACUCUAUACCAUCCACACCACCUUUCAGAAACCAAAAUCCCAACAACAACCAACGAACACCCCAACAACAAAACCGUAACAGACAAACUUCUUUACCCGUCAACCUCGAUGAUGGAUAUGUCAAUUCAGAUCGUAGAGAAAAUUCCGAUGAUGGGGGUUAUUAUGAUGAUCGGGUGGACGAUAAUGAAGAUUGGGGGUACAUCAAUCGGGGUAAUGACUACCGUGCGAGAGGGUAUGAAGAUGAAGAGUUUGGCUAUCAAAAUGCCAACUACGUUGGGGAUGAUGAUUAUGGUCGUGGGAAUAGAAGGAAUGACGGUUACGAAAAUAACCGCCAACAACGAAACAACUACCAACGGAACCGGAAUGAUGGGUUUUACAACAACAAUAAUGCUAACCCUAACCAGAUUCCUCGUUUUGUGGGAGGUGGUCAUCAAGGGGCUAACCGAGGUGGAAAUCGGAGAGAUGAUAGAAGAGAUGUUGGACGGGAUGAGAGACGAAAUGAACGGAGGAAUGAGAGACGAGAUGAUAGAAGGGAUAACCGAAGAAUGGAGGAUCAAGAAGUUAACGGUCCUCAUCGUCGUCAACAACCUCCACGGGGAGUGAAUGAUCGUUUCAGGCCGAUUGUUACCGAAAACGAUUCACCCAUCGUUUCCUUCACGAGAUUCAAAGAAAUGAUGCGGAGAUGCCCACAUCAUCAAAUUGAGAAGCGGGAAUUGGUAAAGUGUUUUGUUCGAGGUCUAGAUGACAACACAUGGAACCGACUUGAAUCAACAAGUAAUGGGACCCUUCUAAGCAACCAUGAAGAUGAUGAUUGGGAAUUCUUGGAACGGAUGAGUAAACGUUCGAAAGAGAAAGAAUCAGCCGAUCGAGCUAAGAAGCAUCCCAUUUCCCGGUCACUUCCCGAUCUUGACUCUAAAGAUCAGAUUUCCACCUUAGAGCGGGAAAUGGCUCGAAUGAAGAAAAAGGAAGUAAAUGCGGUUCAAUUCGAGGUAUGUGAAGAUUGUGGUGAUAUUGGACAUAGAGCGGAACAAUGUCCAACGGGGCCGAGUGACUACACGGAGGAAGUCAACCAAGUAAAUCACCCUAACUUCCGAUAUGGUAAUGCUUCAAAUCAAAUGAACCCGAAUUUUCAAUCGGGUAACCAAGGAGGUCAAAGCGGGUUAUCAUAUCAAAACCGUCAAGUUGGUAACCAAGGAGGUUAUCAACGAAAUUACAACCAAGGGUACCAAGGUAGGGACAAUAAUUACCAAGGUGGGUACCAAAGGAAUUACAACAAUCAAGGCGGUAAUGGAAGCGUGUCGAACAAUCAAACCAGUGGCGAUGACUUGAGUGCCAAAAUGGAUGCUUUGCUGAAUAUGCAAAAAGAAUCUCAAAACAAUAUAAAAGAAUCUCACAAUGAUAUUAAGGAGAUAAAGAAGACAAACGAGAUUCGGGAUAAAGCACAUGAGGCAUUGGCAAAGCAAGUGGGCCAACUCGCGGAGGAAAUGGCUCAAAUCAGGGGAAGCAUGGGGAAGCUUCCGAGUGACACCACAGUGAACCCUAAACAUCAAGGGUCGAGCUCAAAGAAUACACGUGAGGUACAUUUAAAUGAAAUUUCUUUACGUAGUGGUCGGAUCAUUAAUAGUGGUGUUGAGCCACCAUCACCCAAGUUUGUUGAAGGGGUGGUGGAGGAUGCAAGUGACGAUGAAGAUUAUGUAUCUUUGGACCGAACCAAGCAACCAACGGUGAUCCUUGGUCGACCACUUUUGGCAACAUCGAAUGCCCAAAUUAAUUGCAAAUCGGGCACGGUCGACAUGACUUUUGGUGGCGUCGGCGACGCCGCCUAG